GACAGCCGGGAUUCUGACACUCAUCCAGAAAAGCGAAAAAAGCACAAUAACAAAUCUAGUUUCAGUGAAAAUUGGGGAAAAUGGAGAAAAAUCCACUGGAUAUCAAUGAAGAUGACGACAUUGUGUUCGUCCACACUUCAGUUCCUACGAAGAAGUUUCAGAACACCUUGAAUUUGAGCAUGGUGAGCAGCGACAGCAGCAGUGCGAGCAGCAGCAGCAGCGAUGAGGAUGAUUUCCCAGCCCCUGGUGGUCCUGCCGACAAAUCCUCUGAUGAAUCCGAUGAUGAGAAGCUAAGCGAUGUGAAGAAGAGGAUCCCGAAAGAUGAGAAAACCGAGCCAGUAAGGGAUAAUAAUGUAUCCCUCACAAGUCCUGCCACAAGUGACUCGAAGAAGGCUAUCAUCCCAGUGAAGUCCAAUCCACUCUCGGUGAAGAUUCGCACAUACAAUUCUGCCAGGAAGGAGAGCAACAAUGUGAUGAGAAAGUCCGGUCCCAACAAAUACACCUGCCAAUACUGUGCCAAAGGAUGCAUGCAUCUGGAGACACUGGAGCGGCACAUGUCGCGGAAUCACCAGGAUCAGCUGGCGGACAAGGGAAACACCUGCAAGCUGUGCAAGAGCAAAUUUAAGGAGUCGCAACUUCUCAAGUGCCACAUCAAGACACACAAUUUGCGCUUCAGUUGCGCCAUUUGUGGCCGCAAGUUCAGCUCCCAAAAGUUCCUGGACAUCCACAUCAACAUACAUUUUCACGAGAAGGAGUUCCCCUGCGAACUGUGCGAGCAGGGCUUCAGCACGCAGCCAGAGCUCAAGGAGCAUUAUGAGUGGCAUGAAGAAGAAUUGGCGAUGUAAUUGUCCAAUAAAUUUACAUAUUAAUACCAGA